UCCCCUCGGUCGGAGCUCUUCACACGCUGGAGCUCAAACUUUAGUCUGCGGUUCUGUGGUGUAGGAGCGCAGCCUCCACACACACACACACACACACACACACACCCUCACACACACACACACACACACCAUGCAGCAGCAGCAGCGCGGAGUGUUUGGACUUCUGCACGUCGCCAUUUUUCUAUGGACGGCUUUUUGCGUCAAGGACUCUCUGCAGGGGGAACACCAGAGGAGGCUUUAUAAAGAGCUGCUGACCAAUUACAACCGGCUGGAGAGGCCCGUAGCCAAUGACUCGGCCCCGCUCGUGGUGGAACUGGGACUUACGCUGCUCCAGAUUAUAGACGUGGAUGAAAAGAAUCAAGUGCUGAUAACCAAUGCCUGGCUACAACUGGGCUGGACAGACGUGUAUCUGACCUGGAACCCUGACAAUUAUCCUGGGGUGCAAAACCUGCGCUUCCCGUCCAAUCAGAUAUGGACACCAGACAUCCUGCUCUACAACAGUGCUGACGAAAGGUUCGAUGCGACGUUCCACACUAAUGUCCUGGUGAACGCAUCAGGAACAUGCCAGUAUAUACCACCAGGUAUUCUGAAGAGCACGUGUUAUAUAGAUGUGCGCUGGUUCCCCUUCGACGUGCAGAAAUGUGAUCUGAAGUUCGGUUCCUGGACGUAUAACGGUUGGCUGCUGGACCUGCAGAUGCAGGAAGUGGACAUUUCCACCUACAUCCCCAACGGAGAGUGGGACCUAGUGGGUGUUCCAGGAAAGCGUAACGAGCUUUAUUACGAGUGCUGUAAGGAGCCCUACCCUGACGUGACGUUCACCGUGACCAUGCGGAGACGGACGCUGUACUACGGCCUCAACCUGCUCAUCCCCUGUGUGCUGAUCUCAGGCUUAGCCCUGCUGGUGUUCCUACUGCCCGCAGACUCCGGAGAGAAGAUAUCACUAGGAAUCACAGUCCUGCUCUCGCUGACUGUCUUCAUGCUGCUGGUGGCUGAGAUCAUGCCGGCCACGUCUGAUUCAGUUCCUCUUAUAGCUCAGUACUUUGCGAGUACAAUGAUGAUCGUGGGCUUGUCGGUGGUGGUCACGGUCCUUGUUCUGCAGUUUCAUCAUCAUGAUCCACAAGGAGGGAAGAUGCCGAAAUGGGUGCGGGUGAUCUUGUUGAACUGGUGCGCCUGGUUCCUGCGCAUGAAGAAGCCGGGCGAGGACCGCAAAUCUGGCUACAAGUACGCCCACCCGCCGCUUCACCACGCCAGCGCCAGCAGCAUACAGAUGGGUGCCGUCCCCGGUCAGGCGUCUUCCUCUUCAGCCAGCUCGGCCACCAACGGCCACAUGAACCUCUACUUCGGCUACCACACGAUGGACAGCGCCUGCUGCCCGGCCAGCAGCGACUCGGGGGUGUCGUGCGGCGGGGGCCGGCCGGCGGGGGGCUCCCCGGGUCACGAGCAGCAGCGGGGGGAGGUGGUGGCGGUGGCAGGCGAGAGGGAGAUCCAGCGCAUCCUGGCGGAGGUGCUCUACAUCUCGCACCGCUUCCGAGCGCAAGACGAGGCCGAGGCCGUGUGCAGCGAGUGGAAGUUCGCCGCCGCCGUGGUGGACCGCCUCUGCCUCGUCACCUUCUCGCUCUUCUCCAUCAUCUGCACCUUCACCAUCCUCAUGUCGGCGCCCAACUUCAUCGAGGCCGUCUCUAAAGACUACACAUAAUCCCACCGUUCACACUUUGAUAUAUACAGUUCAUAUAUAUUUUUUGUUUUGUAGAUAAAAUAGAUGUGCCGAGGAAGAAAACCUAACCACCACCAUUUGACUCAGUGUGAAGAGAAAUGAUUCAUCGCGACUUCAGUGUGCGAGUCGGUACGAGGAGCGUGAAUCAGUGAGUCAGUAUGAUUUAGUGUGAGUCACUGUGAGAAGUGUGAAUCAGUGAAAUUUAGUCAGAAUCUGCCAAAUUCAGUGAUUCGUUUUGAGUUCACUGGGAGUGGGAAUGUGAAUCAGUGAGAUUCAGUGAGUCAAAGUGAUUCACUCUGAAUCAAAGUGAUUCACUAUAAGACUGCUUUUCACUGUGAGUUAGCACGGAGAUUAUGAAUCAGAGAGAUCCAUUGAGACAAAGUAACUCACUGUGAGUCAAAGUGAUUCACUGUGAGUCAAAGUGAUUCACUGUGAGACAAAGUGAUUCACUGUGAGUCAAAGUGAUUCACUAUCGGACUGCAUUUCACUAAGUUAGCAUGGAGAUUCACUGUGAGUCAAAGUGAUUCACUGUGAGUCAAAGUGAUUCACUAUCAGACUGCUUUUCCCUAAGUUAGCAUGGAGAUUCACUGUGAGUCAAAGUGAUUCACUGUAAGUUAAAUGAUUCACCUUGAGUCAAAAUGAUUCACUGUGGGUCUAAAUGAUUUACUGUUGGUCAAAAUGAUUCACUGUGAGUCAAAGUGAUUCACUGUGAGCCAAAGUGAUUCACUGUGAGUCAAAGUGAUUCACUGUGAGUCAAAGUGAUUCACUAUCAGACUGCUUUUCACUAAGUUCGCAUGGAGAUUCACUAUGAGUCAAAGUGAUUCACUGUGAGUCAAAGUGAUUCAUUGUGAGUCAAAGUGAUUCACUGUGAGUCAAAGUGAUUCACUGUGAAUCAAAAUGAUUCACUGUGAGUCAAAGUAUUUUGCUUUGAAAGAGUUUUUCCACUGUGAUUCAGUAGGGAGAGUGUGAAUCAGAGACGUUCAGUGAGUCAGUGAUAUACUGUGCGAUUCAAUUUAAUUACUGUAUUUUCACUAAAGCUGGAGCAGUAGUAUUAGCGAUUAACUGCUAGCAGUUAGCAGCUAAUGCCGCCCGACAGAGCUCCACAGAGGAACCCUGAAUCUUCCAGUAAGCCAGGGCGAUAUUAGCUAGCGGUUCGUCCCACGUAUCUUGUUUUAACACGGUAAACACACAGACUACAGUCCGAUAAACUUGCCUCUGAACCGCAAAAGAGCUAGCGCUUACCAUGGAUAGCAGGUAAUGCUAAUGCUGCUCCAGCAGUGCUAGCUGGAGUUAGCAGCAGUCUACAGGCAGAUAACACACAACUCUGAAAGGCCAAAAAGCUCAAGUCUCACUGAUUCACAAACUUCCUGAUUCAUUGAGUCAUUGUAAGUGUGAGUCCAGGUCACUGAGUUUUACUGAUUCACUGAUUCAAGAGUUGCUGAGACACGAUUCAUUCAGUCUGUUGAGUCAGUGUGUACUGCCAAAGCUGUUGAACUUUUUCCUGGUCGUUUCUUUUUUUUUUUUUUUU